UGUGAGUUUCGAAUUCAGCAAGUAUGCCUGAACCGGCUAAGUCCGCUCUUGCCCCGAAGAAGGGUUCCAAGAAGGCGGUGACCAAAGCCCAGAAGAAAGAUGGUAAAAAGCGCAAGCGCAGCCGCAAGGAGAGCUAUUCCGUGUAUGUGUACAAGGUGCUGAAGCAGGUCCACCCGGACACCGGCAUCUCGUCCAAGGCUAUGGGCAUCAUGAAUUCGUUUGUCAAUGAUAUCUUCGAGCGCAUUGCGGGCGAGGCGUCGCGCCUGGCGCAUUAUAACAAGCGCUCGACCAUCACGUCCAGGGAGAUCCAGACGGCUGUGCGCCUGCUGCUGCCCGGGGAGCUGGCCAAGCACGCUGUGUCUGAGGGCACCAAGGCUGUCACCAAGUACACCAGCUCCAAGUAAAUGUUUAUAGGUUCUGCUAAAACAAAGGCUCUUUUCAGAGCCACUUACAUUUUCAUGAGAGGAGU